AUUAGUAGACUACACAGACUUCUUCCAGAGAUUAUAAAAGUUUGCGCACACCUUGACAGCUAAAAAUAGCCUUCAAGGCGACAAAGUGGAGACCCACCUGUGACACACUUGAAUCGUUCCCGAGACUGUAAACGAGGCUGUCGUGUCGGUACUACUCCAUGUUUCAAACAAGUACUAACGCGGAAAUAGGAGAAAUAUAAGGCGUGUUGGACAAAACAGCUGUGGUUGAUUUGAAAUUCUAAGACGGAAUCAUGAAAAUGAUUUCAGACCUCAGGUAGUGAGGUAGAAAAGAAUCGUAGAAAAAAAAGACCAUGGAUUUCAUGAAUUUAGCCUGGUGUUGCCAACUUUGAAAAAAGUCACUCGGAAGUCAACUUCCUGUCCCAGACAAUAGUAUCUCCAUACUUUAUGCCAAAACACGAGCGACCAGGUUCAGUUUUUAGUAUCAAGUCGAAAUUAAAAAUGCCAGCAGUGCCUCUCACAAUCUUGGCUGUUCUACUGGCUGUCAGAUUGCCCGUCGAUGAGGCCCAAGUUCCCGCGAUUGUAGGUAUUAUCACUCCACCACCGCAGGUGGGAAACAAACCUACAGUGGCAAAUGGUAUUGUGUACUACCUAAACCAUGUUCCUGAUCACUGCAAAGACCCAUAUGUGACCAAGUAUCCUUCUGGUGGUGUGGUCCAAGGAAAGAGGGCCCUGAUGAAAAAUGACAGUCCUCACCGUAUCUAUGGGAAUAUAGAAAUUCCAGCAAGUGCUUGCCUGUAUAUAGAGCCAGGUACAGAACUCAGGUUUGGACCAGGCUAUGGCAUCAUCGUGAACGGCACACUGAUAGCCAGGGGCAGUGAUGAGCAAGGAGGUCGCAUUAUCAUGACCAAGGACCAAGGGGAAGACACUGGCAAACCAAGUGGUGAUUGGAAGUAUGAUGCUCGCCUCUCAAGUGGCAACACUACACAGGAUGGUCGUCUUGAUCUCUUUUACCAAGGAAAAUGGAGAGCCAUCUGUACAAACUACCAAAAUUUCACUAUAGAGGAUGUAAAUGUCACCUGCAGACAUUUGGGGUUUUUGAAAGGAAAUUUCACCUACCACUCUUUUUCCCGCAAUCUUACCAAUUACAUUCUGUGGGAGAAACCAGACUGCCAUGGCAAUGAGAACAGCCUUUUUGACUGCCCUGGAGCGUCAAAAAUCAGAAUUGGAACUCAUAUUUGUGAUGGGCAACAAGUGGUUGGAUUUGAAUGUGAAGGCCUUCGCCCUGGCUUGGCACUAGAUCAUUGGCGAGGUGUUGAAUUUUUAAACUCUUCAUUCUACAUGAGAUCCAUGGAUGGCAACAUUUACAGGCAAGAAGUUUGGUCAUGGCUGGAGUACCUGGACAUAUUGUAUCCUGGUCUGGACAGUUUCCAUGGCAGGACAUCAGAACCUGGAAUAUACUACCCUAAGGCAGCCAUCAGCGCUAGUCCUCUAGUUCCUCUCAUGAAUAAUGUCACCAUUAUGUAUGGAGCCUAUGAUGCUUUCAACCUUACUGAAAUUGUGGGACCAAUUCACAUUGCCAACUGCACAGUUCAUAAAAACAGAGGUUAUGGAAUCUUCAUUCAAACAGCAGUUGGAGAGACACUUGUGAAUAUGACAGAAGUCACUGAUAACUGGGGUGAUGGCAUUAAGUUUUACAUCAGCAAUCUCACCAUCCAUGACUUCCAGAAAAACUUCACAUGGAACAUGGGUUUCUGCAAUACUAACAAUGUGGUUGGACAAAGUUAUCCUAUUUUUCAACACCAAGAUAUCAUUGGACCAAAUGGAGAAAAGACUUCAGCUACAAAAUGUGAACGUACAUUUUAUACCAAUCCAGGGAAAGUCAUUAAUCUCCACUUCUUGAUCAUGGAACGUGAUCCAGAUGCAUCUGGUACAUUAAUUGUGAAAGAUGGAGGGGUGUUUGGGAAAGUUCUUGGAACCUUUAAUGUCUUCAAUGGGUCUUUCCCGCAGUCAGUCUACACUCAGUCAACAGUCAUGUAUGUGCAGUUUGAGUACACCAUUCCCAAGCUUCCUGCUGGUCAAAAAUGCAAGAUCUUUGAGCCUUGUAUUCGUUUUCUUCUUCGAGUGACUUCAACUUCAGGUGAAUAUGGGCCAGAGGAAGAGUUCCGUUUAAUCUACUCCAGGGUUUCGAAUAAUGCUGGUUAUGGAGUUAACCUGCAGGACAUCCGGAGCAAAGCCUUUUUCAAUACCAGUGUUGUUUCUAGUAAUCAGUUUGGUGCAGGGAUUCGUGUAUAUCAAGGGGCAGGCCAAGUUAUUAUCAACAACACUCUGAUUGAGAACAAUACUGACAGCGGAAUUAACAUCACAUACUCAGGGGGCUACCAGCUGUUCAACAACACACGGCUCAUUAGGAAUCAUGGUUAUGGCAUUAUUACAGAAUAUCUCAAAGUCAACCACACUCGCACUGAGAACAUGCAGAAAAUGGAGGUGGUUAGAGGAGACUUUCAAUUUAAUGAGCUUAUAGGUCUCAGAGUAGGAAACUACUGUUCUGGAGGAUCUGUCUUGGUAAAUGAAAGCUUGUUUCAGUUCUGUCAAGAUGAAUGCAUUGAAUACUUGUCAUGUAAUAUGUCAACAGCCUUCCAAACAAAUUUUAGUAUUGCUUUCACAGACUUUAUGAGCAAUGCCCGGCAUGCAGUAUUAAUGAAGCCUAUUUUAAACACGGUUGGAAUCAUCACCAACUGUUCCUUCAUCAAUCACACAUCAGGUGUUAUCAGAAUUGAUAAUGGCUUUGAUCUUCUGAUCAGCAAGUGGUACAGGCAAUUUCCUGUAGAAUAUUACAUCUUUGAGAACAAAUUUAGGCAGAACAAAGGCUUCUAUGUUGUUAACAUUCGUCUAACAGAUUCAACACCUUUGCAUAAAUUAUUCUUCAAGUUUAAUCAUCUUUAUGAUAACUAUAUCCAAGAGUCUUCUACAUAUAUCAAGCCUCGAAACAAAGCCAGUGCUGUUGCUGUGAUUUCUUCAGGGAAUGUGUACUUGAACCGAAAUAUUCUGAAUAAUCCCAACUCAGUUCGAGAAAUUUCUACCCAUCUGACUGAUCCAUCUGUUGUUAUCAAUGCAGCCGAGAAUUACUGGAACAUUGAAGUGACCAAGCAGUCUGAGUAUGAGAAGAUUCAUCUCAGCAUUUUUGAUCAAGAUGACCGAUACAAUCUUGCACAGAUCAGCUACUAUCCUGCACUGUUAACAGAUCAAGUGUAUCAGAAUUCUGUCAGUGUCGCCCCAAGGUAUGUUUGGCGCUUUCAACGCACAAACAUUAUUGGAGGACUCCUGGAGUCUGGAGGAUUUAUAGGCACAAACAGCCAAACAUAUUAUGUUGACCGUGACAUCUUUGUAUUUCCUGGUCAGGUCUUCACUCUACAGCCAAAUGCUGUUCUGAAGUUUGCACCUGCAGUUGGCAUGGUUGUGCAUGGGUGCUUGAAAGCUGAUGGUUCGAAUUCUGCAGGCAAGAUCCAGUUUAGUAUGUGGACUGAUCCAGAUUGGCUGCCUCUAGAAAAUCGUUCAGCCACAGUUCGACUUAUGAAUGGGACAGAUUUGUAUGAGGGACGGUUAGAGGUUCUUAUUGAUGAGGAAUGGGGAACAGUUUGCAAUGAGGGAUGGACUGAAGGAAACGCUGCUGUAGUGUGUCAGCAGCUGGGACUUAUAUACAACCCAGAUCAUGGCACAGCAACCCUGCGAAUGGUGGCACCUGUUGACACUCGCGUGCUUAUGUCAUGGGUGUUUUGUGAUGAAACAGAUGAAGACUUAACUCAGUGUCGUGCCAUCAAAGGGACGGAGGUUGGCUGUGACCAUGAAAAGGAUGUGUACCUCAGAUGUCAGGAGCCAACUUGGGCAGGGGUUACUCUUCCUGCAACAUCCAAACGUGGACAGAGUUGUGAAACCCAGCUUCGAGAAGUAUUGUUUGAGAGAGCUGGUCUUUUUGAUGCAGCUACCAUGAGCUUUACCCCUGCCCUGCGCAUUGACUAUAACUUCUACAAAAUCACCGCUGUCACCAUCUCUAAUUCUUUGUCAGAUGGGGUGCUCAUUAAUUAUAUAUACCCUUUUGAUGAGGUUCGCCUGGAAUACAUGCAGGUUCAUGACAAUCUGGGCAAUGGAAUAGUUACACGCUGUCCAAGGCUUCAACUGUUUCAUUCAAACAUAACACACAGUGGUAAAGCAGGAUUCCUCUAUGACCCAUUUUUCAGUGAAUAUGAUGCUUUGUCAGUCCGAAGCAUGAUUCACCAGACCCGACGCAGCAUUCUGACAGAAACUCCAUUGCUCUCCAUUGGAGAUGGACAAAUGACAUUUUUAGUCUCCUCUCCUGGAACUGGUAUUGAAAAUCAUGAUUACUAUACUGAAAUCACCACGAACAGCAACUCCUACCGUAUUGUCCUGCAGGUUCUUGACUUUUUCCCUGUUACGGAAAUAGAAGCAGUUAUGGUGUAUGACUCGGCACGAAACAACAUUGGUCCUGCUACAAAAAUGUGGAAGAUACCAGAAGAUUUGGUUGACUUCCCAAUUCGUUCAAACACCAGAGUGCUGACUAUCAUGCUAAGGGUUCGUGGUUUGCGUUCAGGUCGCUUGGCAUUUGCUGUUGUGUCAGCAUCUGAUGGAACAGGGUUGCCUGUCUUGAUGACUUAUGUAUACAACACAACCUUUUCAUACAAUUUUAAAGGCAUGCAGACAAAGCAUUACAACAGUCCCAGCAACAGACGUCUUGAGAUCUUUCAUCGCUUUAAGUUGGAGACCAUUCAGUUUGAACAAGUUGGUAUCCUCAACAGUUUAAAAGAGGCCAUACACAUGCCUAGUGUCACAAAAUUCACUGAUGACUACAUUCCAACUUAUGAAGACAUGACAGUGCCUGAGAGGGUUGCCACAAUACGUUACAAUAUUUCUUUGGCCAAAUUUGCUGAUAAUCAAUAUGGGAUUUUGGCAGAACAUAAUCAUGUGGACUUUGCCAACAAUGUGUGGCAGUGGACCAUAGCCAACACUUACAUGCUGCGAACACAAAAUGGUGGCGUAGAAAUUGAAGUGCCCAGAGUAAAUGAUGAAUCAGAGAGGCUUAAGCAUUCUGUAUCAAUCAGAGAUUCUGUGUUCCGUGACAAUAAAAAUUUUGUCUUCGCAGUUGCUGGUUAUUAUGCUGAUGUUACAAUUCACAACAAUCUGUUUGACAACAACAUGUGCAAAUUAGGCCUUAUAACAAUCUCUGGAAUGGAGAAAAAUCAGACGCUGAUUAACAAUAAGAUCACAAACAACAUAGGCCGACAUAUGAUGGACAUUAACAUUCUCAGUCACUCAGAAUAUUCUGAGCCUGUCAGAGGGAUCAUGUCGUUUAAUGAAAUUGUGAACAAUCGUUAUGAAGGCUUGGAUCCACCAGGAUAUGGAAAUAGCCCAAAAACAUUUGCUGUUGCAUUCAGAGGUGUGCAGAACAUGACAGCCAGUCAGAACAUCUUCAACAACCCCAAAAUGGGGUAUGAGCUAAUUGCGGGUAUUACUGCCCUCUCUUUGGGAAAUCCUGUUAACGUAACAAAGAACUAUUGGGGCAGAACAGACUAUGCUGGUAUUCUAGAGCGCAUUUUUGAUUUUGAUGACUGGAACAACUAUGCCAUUGCUGACUUCUUUCCAUAUCUUACAGAGCCACAGUUUAACUCUGACCUUUCAGGUGGGGAGCCAGUCAAGCCACCUCUUGACACAAGUCGAUUGGGUGGUCGGGUGCUGGAAGAUCAAGUUUUAGCUUACAAAACCACACCAUACAUUGUUGAGCGAGACUUAACUAUAAUGCCUCAGGCCACGUUUACUAUAUCAGCAGGUACAGAACUUCAGUUUCGGCCAAAUGUUGGAAUUUUAGUCCUUGGUCGCCUGGUUGCACGAGGAGUAGAGUACAAUCGUAUUAAGAUGAGACCUGUGCAGUCUGGAACUACUACAUCUACAAGUGGCAGAAAGAAGCGUGCCUCUAGUGCAACAAUCAGGCUACGAGGAGAUGGCACACUUUUCAAAAACGCUGGUUUUCUUGAACUGUAUAACACAUCCACUCGCUCGUGGAACAUGAUGUGUGACAGUCAGGUCAGUGAAAAAACAGCUGAGGUUGUGUGUCGCCAGUUGGGGAAGGAGACAGUUAAUGUUCGUGUCCGUUUCACAUACUUGUAUGACUUCUACAUCUAUGGAAAGCCCCAAUAUUUCUUAAAGGAGUUUUGGUUUGAGUCUUACUAUUGCAGAGGUGAUGAAAUGUCUCUGAGUCAGUGCAUUACACGCUACAACUACAACAUGCAUCAGUGCAUUCAAGCUGCCAACUACACUUUUAUCACUUGUGGAGAGAGGAAUCUGAAAGAUCAAGAAUACUGGGGCAACAUAAGGUUUGCUCGUGAGACAUAUGAAGAACAAUCCCUGGAAAGUGACUUGGGUCGGCAGGAGUCGAUUAUGGAGUAUGUGGACAUUGAAGGAGCAGGUAUGCUUCAUGGUGAAAAGGUGGGUGCCAUCCAGACCACAUAUGUGUCACCAACAUUUCGUUAUUUAAACAUAACCAGGUGUGUAGAAAAUGGUUUUGACAUCAUAGCUCCUAGAGGCACAGUUAACAUGACAAGGCUCAAUGUGUCUGAGAAUCUUGGCUUUGCUUUCAAUUUUUUGAUUCUGAAUGGGGAGUCAACUGAUAGUGAGUCAUCCUUCCUGCUGCUGGGCCCAAGUACCAUACCAUAUUUUGUCUAUGGGCUGGUAGAGAUUUGCCGCAUGGAAAAAGGUAUUGUACUGAGUACCAGAAUGAUCUUGUAUUACAAAUAUGGACCUGAUGCUCGUGACUGCGUGAAAAGCAUUAGCAGCACUAGUCCUCGGAAUCGUAUUGGACUCCGUUUCCUCCAACUGAACAUGUUCUAUGAGGAUUUCUCACGCAAUGUUGUGGAAAUUUUUGAUGGCCAUUUGGUCAGCCAGCAAAAUCUGGUUGGUAGUAUACUUGCAAACACCACUGAAGAUGUGAUGAAGCUUUACCAGAGCACAGGAGACACACUUACUGUGCAUAUACAUGCAUCUGUUGGUCAUGGCUCUUACGGCUUCAUUGCAGAGGUGGUCCAUCUGCCUUUCUCUGGAUUGACAUACCCCGACAGUAACUAUUUCCACAGUCUAUCAUACCUGAUUGCUUUAAAGAACCAGGAUGGAGCAUUACAGUACAACAACAUUGGUGAAGUGAAUCCAUCUCUUUACAUUGAUAAGUGCUGGCUGGAAGACAAUGGAGUUUCAAUUCUCAACCUGACAUCACCACCAACAAUUGACAUCUCACUUCAGGGUACUCGCCUGUUUCGUUUUGACAGCAAUUUUGUUUCACACAACAAAGGUGGCUUGUACAUGUCUGUCAACACAAAGAGUAUUGCUACAGCCUUGCGAGGCAACAUCACUAACAACGUGUUUGCCUUCGGAACCCAUGGCGAAGCUCUUAACAUCACCGGCCACUACUAUCAGAACCUCUACAUUUUCCAGAAUUACAUCUUCAAUUAUACAUCAGGUGACUAUAGGGAUAUUGUGCACAUCCGAGAGGUUGUUGUCAACUUCACAUUCAACUACCUAGACAGCAACUUUGGUCACUAUAUCCUCACUACCUACAACAGCGACAACCGUCAGGCUCGCCAAGAAUAUACCCGAUCAGGCUUUUUACGCAACAACUCCACAGCUUUGAUUCAAAGUACCAUCAAGAUUGGAAAGGGAAUGCCUUUCUUUGAGAACAACUUUUUGGUUAAUGAUGAGAACGACUUUGAAAUGGAAACAUAUCCCAAACUAGAUGACACUUUUGCAAAGAUUGAUGCCCGCAGAAACUGGUGGGGAUCUGAUCAGCCUUCCUACAUCACUGGCAAAAUAUGGGAUGAGUCUGACAUGAACAGCUUGGUGGGCAUUGAGUACUGGCAAGCUUUGAUGGACAAUCGUUCAGUGUUGGAAGGUAAAUGCUUGCCAGGAUGGAGACUGGACAGUGGGCGAUGUUACCGCUUUAUGGGAGGUGCUCUUCCUUACUAUCAAGCCAACAGUUUUUGUCGGUCCAUGGGAGCAUUCUUAGCAGAAGGCAAGGGUCGUGAAGGAUUCUACAACUAUCUGCUACGGCUGACACGUAAUGCCAACAAUCCAGCUGACCGUGUUUGGAUCAUGUCAGAAGUUGGCUCAAGUCGAUGUAGUGCUUUUGAGAACACAUACAUUGUGUAUGAAGAAGACUGUUGGAAUCAGCUGUACCCAUUCAUUUGUGAGCUAGAUCCCUACAUUGAGCCUCCUUUAGGGCUUGAAUCAUCUGUACGGGCCAUGGCAAUAGGCAUUGGUGCAGGCAUUGGUGGAGCUCUAGUUCUAAUUUUUUGUAUCCUUGGAGUUCUUUGGUGUAUCAAGUCCAAGAGGCGAGAAAAGGAACGCUUUGAGCGCACUGCAUCAAUGCGUUCAUCUAUGCGAUCAAUACGAGGUACUAAAUCGAACCUUACCAUGCUUUCUGAGGGUGUCUCAGUUGCUCGUCUGCAUGACAUCGAUAGGCACUCUCAAGCUUCUUCUUCUGACACAAAGACAUCGCAAAGAAUUGACAGAAUGAAUGGGAGCAUGUCAAGCUUGCAGUUUUCAUCCCAGAACUUGAGAGGAGCUGUGGCUCGAGGACUUGCUGACAGACGAGUCACAGAAAGAGACUAUGACAGGGAAAGACAAAGAGAGAGAGAUGAAAGAGGGGGAAACCAGCUAAGUGACAGAAACUAUUUGGAAGAUGACAACAGUAAAUAUAAUGUUGGCAAAAGCCAUGAGAAAGAAGAAAGCGAGUCUGAAACAGACAAAAGGAGUUUAAGGGACAGUGAUGAGGACAUAUUUGAUUCUGAUGAUGAAGAGCAGGAGGAGAAGGAAAUGGAAGAAUCUGCAACCAAAGCUAAUGGUCACUUAUAUGAAAAUCAGCAACCUAUAUCUCUGGCAAAGAUAAAAAAUCCUGGUAUCAAGCGAGCACACUCUAGGGAUGACAUAUACAAAGAUGAUGCAGCUGGUAUUUUUUCACAGAAGAGUAAAUCAUUAUCCAGCUUCAUCCAGUCUGAAAGUCCAGAGGAGUUUCCUGUGAAAUCCAUUUUCCUUCCAAGAAGACAGAACCUGCCAACACCACCACCAACUCCACAGUCUCACCUUUCAUCACCAGCACCCUCUCUGCAACCUACAUCCAAGACAGCUUUGCCUCAGCCUAUCAUGCAUCCUAUAGUGGCGCAGAUGAGACAAUCGCCAGCACCUUCUGAAGUCUCACAUCAGUCAAGAGGUGGCUGGCCAUUACCACGCACCAGGACUCAACUCAGCAAUAGUCAGGCUUCUCUGCAAGCAACUCCAUUGAACUCUUCCAUUAUACCAGACUACGAAAACCAGCCAGAACCCCUGUCAGAUAAACUGGCCACCAGGUUUCCAGAUCCUAUGGUUUCAACAUUCUCAGCACAAUCACCAAGCAGCUAUGGCCUACAGGAACCUCUAUUCAUGGAAGUGAGCCCUUCGAAUCCACCUCGCUACAGCCUAGCCUUGCCACUUGAUGGUCUUCCUUCAUAUGAUGAGAAUGAUCACAAUGUCAGUUUCCUGUCUGAGAGAUCUCUACCUAGAGCAUACCCACCUAUACAGGUCUCACCCAAGCAGGACAAGCAAUAUAUGCCUCGCAACCAGCCCUAUCAGCGUCGAAAUCAUGGCAGUCAUGAGCAGCUUGUUGGCAGUCAAGAACGAGUAGGUGGCAACCGAAAUAACUUGACUGGCAGCAGAGAGCAUUUGCUGAGUAGCAGAGAAAGGCUGGCAAGGUCCCCUGAGCCUGAUCCUAAUUCCCACAGUGUCCUGCUGAAUCUGAAUGGUCCUCAUUUGAACCUGAAUAGAGUUGCUGGAAGGCCAGAUCCCAUAGAGACUGAGAUUUAAAAAUGUAACAGAUGCUGCUAAAUGUUUUUAUGUGUAUUUGUGUGUGUGUGCAUGCAUAUGCAAGAGAGUACAUGACAGAGAGUGUAAACAAACUUGUAGUUCUUAUUCCUACUUAGAAAUCUUUAAAAUAUUCACAAAUCUAUUUUCCUUUGCAUUUUUAUUAAAUAUCAUUCAUAAUCAUCAUUCAUCCUGUAACUCAUAAAAGGCCUUACCAUGACCAUUUUCAGGCCUUUAGGGAGUGAGGUGUUAGAGACCCCACUUUUCUCUAGGGUAGCAUUACAUGAGGGCAGUGCCCAUCUUUCCCCCUCUUGCUGCCUUACCUUCCCCUUCUUAGGAGUCAAAUAAGGGAAGUGGGCUGCACUACACAGGCAUCGAACUGGUGCACCUCUCGGUUCAGAUGCCAGUGCUCUAACAACUUUACUAACCACUCUUCUGCUCAACUAGUAAUAGCUGGCAACCAUGUAUGCUGGUUGGCUGGUGCUGUUUGUUGGAGAGGUAACCUGAAUAGAUACAGAAGCUGACAAAGCUCACCACUUUGUUUUGAAGAGCAGUUCCUUCAAUUUUUUAUGUUCUUUCUCUGAUCUUAUCAUGAUCCACCAUCCAAGGUACCUUGAAGGAGUGUGAGGUCAUGUGUUUAAACCAGACCAGCUUUGUCUGCUUCUCUUUGCCUUUCCAAAAAUUAUUGCUCUGUUCAUAUUUGUUGGUUUUAAAUUCAGUGUGGCAGAUCCAGACCAAUAUCUUCAGGUUCUUGGUCUCCUAUGUCUGGAUUCUUUUUUUUCUGUCAGAGUCUAUGUUUGGUAUCCACACAGCAGAAUGAGAACUACGAGGGACUUGUACAAUCUGUACAUCAGCCUGGCCAUUACUGCUGUUGCUAUUACAAUCCAAUGCAGUUUGAUGCCAUAUGUGGAAAGAGUGGCCCCCAAGUACUUGAAGUGCUUCAAACUACUCAGCUCAUGUAGACCUUUGCUUUUGUCACUGCUGGUCUCCAUUCUAUUACCAUUGACACUCUGUAAGGUCUUGCAGUUCACUGUUGCUGCCUACCAUUAGGUCCAUGUUGUGCGCCAAGUGUAGGCUGCUUGUAGGCCUCCGACUAGUAAAAAGUGUGGUGUAGUGAGUAUGAAAAGUUUCUCAUAUGAUCUUCAUGAAAAUGUUGAGCAGAAAGGCAACAGGAGGUAGUCAUGAUGCAGAAGUUGAAGAUCUGUUCAAGGGUUAAAUGGCAGCUGUAGAAUUUUUUCAAGGAUACACACAGGAGGAUAGCUAGAAAGUGUCCUAUCGAACAUAAUCUAUUUUAAUUUUAUUAAUUUUAUCAAGUAUAAACAUGAUGUAUACUUUUGAAAAAAGAGGAGAAAGAAAUAAAGAAAUAUUUUUUACUUCAGGAAAAGUGCUGCAUUCGUGCUGAUGAUGGACAUAUAAUACUUUUAAAACUGUUUAUCUAAGACUGAUUAUAAUUGAAUACCACUUAUUCUCUUAUGCAUUUGGAUCAGCAGUGUUACUUCACUUAAACCACAAAAAAAAAAAAAAAAAACUGAAGAAGCAUUGUAGCAUACAUCAGAUGAUUGUCUAAUAACUAAUUCAUAAUCAACUCCUUUGUGCUCUCCUCCUACAAGAAUUGCUGACCAUUUUUUUAAGUCUCAUGAUGGAAAAUAUCACUGGUAUUAUUCACUUGAAGCAUUAUUCGAUCUUUUGUAAAUGUAUAGAAAAACUUUAAAUAUUCACUGAUAGAUAAAAAUGAAGUGAUUGCUAUUUUAUUAAUUAUGCGCUGUUAUUAUAAUGAUAUAGAGAUUUCCAGUUAUGACUUACUUUCACAAAACAAUGGUAGAAUGCUAGGUAUAAAUACCUGUGGUUUAAUGUACUUUGCAAAAAUGGCUGAUUACUCAGGUGAUGGAAAUGAAAUAGGUAAAAAGAAAAAAACUUGCAGUGAUUGCUUCCUUCCUGCACAAAAGGAUUGUUGAAAAACUCAGUAGCUGUUGGCAAAUAACUUUAACAUUAACUGGUUGUAAAGUAUUUUUGAGCUUAUUUUGGUGCUACAUUUAGAAAUUAAUCAUUCUACAAUAAUUCCUUCCAGAAGCAAAAUACUGCAUAUGAUCAUAUUAGGAUGUUGGAAGUAUCACCACAUUUUGUCUGCAUUUAAAACAAACACAGAACUUAUCUUGCUCGGUUAUACUUUAAUACCAAUUGCUUCUGGCAUAAGUGGGUUUUUUUUUAACCCUAACCUUGGAAGAGAAGAAAUAUUUUGUAAAUUGAGGUUUUUUCUAAAUCCUCAAUUUAAGAGACAAUUGAACCAACGGUGUUUUUUUUUUUUUAAAUUAUUUUGGUGCCUUUAAAUGGUCAGUAUCAUGAAAAGUUGCCUAACUUAAAAUGUCAAUGCACAUUAUUUCAAAGAGGAUUUUAAAAAAAGAUAUUCACACUUAAAAAGCAGUUAGGAAGUGCCUUAGGAAGAGGUGCCUUGAUAUGCCUCUCUAACACAUCCAGCUUCCUAGAUAUCUGUCCUUAACAUUUGAUGCCUCAUUAUAUCUCAUCUGGUGGGGCAGCAUCUUAUGGAAAUCUGUUAUGCAGGACCUUUAACACUCUUUUAAUAUGUACAAGUUUACAACCUUGUUAACUUUAUUAUUAAAUAGGACUUUAAAGGUUGUGUGACGUAAAUGAGUUUCUGACUUUGAUCAGACGUAGCCUUACUUUUGUGAUUGUAUAGUGUCUAACAUAUACAGAUGUCAUGUGAGUGUUAUUUCCCAUACUUAUAAAAAAGUAAUACCCAUUAAACAUGAAAGUAAGCUCAAAUUCA